CCUUCGUUUUUCAACAUCCAAUCCUAGCCAACAUGCCGUCAAGUUUACCGACACUUGAGGAGCCUCCUUUCCUGGAUUGGCCCCUAAUACAAAAUCCCGAACAUGCGACAUGCCGAGAAUUUCUCAGUGCCUGUCAAUACAAUAAUACUGCUCUUGCUUUACAAUUAGCAUCCGAUCAAGAACCCGCUGCAUUAACAUUCGGCCUUAACCGUGCCCUUGAUUGCCUUCACCUUCAGACAGCACGCCAGCUGCUACUUAACGGCGUGCAAUGGGACGCCCAAACAGUAAUGUCUGCAUCAAAUUCGUUUAGUGCAAUCAAGCUGCUAUUCGAUUUUGGGUUCAACGUGAACACCGGGGUGCUGGGUGGAGAUACCCUACUUCGAAUGGUAGUGUCGCGCAACGAUGGGCCAGCAAUCCGAUUUCUUCUGGAGCGCGGAGCCAAUCCCAAUCUCGGACCGCCACACUUCACGAACGCACGCAUUGACCAAAUUAGGGUUAUUUCCAACUCAGGCGUCACACUCAACCAAGCAGCUGCCAGAUGCACACCUGAGAUCUUCUCGCUUCUGCUUGAUCACGGGGCAGUCCUGUCGAACUCCAUUCCUCUUCACCGUGCAGCUGGAGGGCGAGCGGACGUCCCCAUCCCUCCUGGUGAGCGCAUACCGAUGCUAGAGUAUCUGGUUGGGUUGGGGCUUGAUAUCAACGCGAUGGAUGAUGCAAUCAAGAUUUGUGACGACGGGCGCGGACAGCGGGGAUCGCCUCUCAUGUACGCGAUUGUGUACGGACGAGUGGAAGAAGCCAGAUGGCUGUUAGAACAUGGGGCAGAUCCUGACCUUAAGACACCGUACGGAGUCUCAGCAAAAGACCGAGCGAAGAUACAUCCGGCUGAGCAUGAGCUGUGGACUCUUCUGCGAGAUCCUCGAUUCAAAAGGCACUAA